AUGGCUUCGCGGAGGCUCUUAGCCUCAUUGCUCCGGUCCUCCGCCUCCCGUAGCUCUCUAUCAAAAGCUUUGAACUCCGCCCCAAAACCCAAGCACCGGCCAUCUCCAGUCGGCUGCUUCCUCCACCGCGUCGUAGGGUAUGCCACCUCCGCCGCCGAGCCCUCCUCUUCGCCAAGCCCGCCUAAAUCUCCCAGUGGAGGUCCCAGUGGGAAGAUCACAGAUGAGUUUACCGGGAAAGGCGCAGUCGGAAAGGUGUGCCAGGUUAUCGGUGCCGUGGUUGAUGUGAGGUUUGAGGAGGGAUUGCCUCCGAUUUUAACGGCAUUGGAGGUCUUGGACAAUCAGAUCAGGCUUGUUUUGGAGGUAGCCCAACACUUGGGUGAGAGUGUGGUCAGGUGUAUUGCUAUGGAUGGUACUGAAGGUCUUGUCAGAGGCCAGCGCGUGCUCAAUACUGGCUCCCCCAUCACCGUGCCUGUGGGUAGAGCAACCCUUGGCCGCAUUAUGAAUGUCAUUGGAGAGCCUAUUGAUGAGAGAGGCGAUAUUAAAACUGAUCACUAUUUACCAAUUCAUCGUGAAGCUCCAGCCUUUCUCGAGCAAGCAAUUAACAACAAAAUUCUUGUCACUGGUAUCAAGGUCGUCGACCUUCUUGCACCAUACCAAAGAGGAAAGAUUGGGUUGUUUGGUGGUGCUGGUGUAGGAGAGACUGUUCUUAUCAUGGAACUGAUUAACAAUGUUACAAAAGCUCAUGGUUGGUUUUUGAUAUUAUGCAUUAUUUCUUAUAGAACCCUGCCUUAA